CUUCCGAAUGGUAACUAAAAUCAACAAAAAUGGCAGCUGCGUUUAAUUUCGCAUUUUUAUUGUUGAUACUUUUCACAAAUUCUUGCUUAUCGCAGCUGACAUCGUUUUCAUAUCAGUCAUCAAUACCAUUAAAAUCAUUCGUAGACUGUAUUCAGACUCAACAAUCUGCACAAUUCUUUGAUAUUUCUAAGUUGGAUUGUGUAUCUUGUUCACAAAAUUUGACAUUCCAAGAAGCAAGUCCAAAUGGUCAAAGCUGUGUCUGUAAACCAGGUUACAAGUACUUGAGAAACUUUGGAGGCACUGAGGUUCUGUGUCAACCAUGUGGAGCAGAUCAGGUGGUGUCCAAGUCAGGCUAUGAAUGCGUCUUCUGUCCUAACACCAUUCUACCGGACAAAUUAGGAUGCACACCUUGUGGGGAUACCACUAUUAGUCCAGAGCGAGACAUGGAGGGAAAUCUGAUUGUUAAGCGGCAAUGUCUGACAUGCGCAAAUGGUACUCGGACCAAUGCCGACAAUAGCAGAUGUGAGGUGUGCACCAACAAGCUGUUUAAUGCCUCUCAUCCAUCCAUUGGUGAGAAUUGUGCCUGCACCGCGCCAUACCAGCAGCAGGAUGGGUUCUGUUUCCCACAAGAAACUCUUCCUUCUACUAGUGCGCAGACCACCUCAGCUUUUAUUAUCCCAGACACAGAACCAACUGCUUCAAAAUAUUUUCAAGACAACCUUCUGGCUGCAUAUGCAAUGUGCAACUUUUACAAGAACGACACUGCUUGUCAAUUGCUUGGAAACCUGUGCGUUCUCACCUUGUACCAGUAUUUGACCAGAAAUUUGAAUACUGGACCAUAUUCAAAUGCUUGUGAAAUGCAUCUUAGGUUGCCAUUCAUCGAACGAAACUUUGCGCCCCCACAUAUCCCCUGGCUGUUCUACGUAUCAAACAGCAUCGAGCGAAUAGAUGGGGAAGCAGUGUUGAAAACGGACAAGAUGGGCAAGGUUUACACAUUUGACCCUCGUUCAUACCUAGACUAUCGUGUUGCACGGUACUCUCUCAGUGGAGAAUACUUGGGCCUAAGCGACGUUCUGAACGGUCGUAUACAACUCUGCAAGGACACAACCAUCAGACUGAAUGCCGCUUUCACAUUCGGAACAACUUACAAGCAGACAUGCAAGAUGGAUGCAAUUGACUUCUGGGACCAGACCAAAUACCCGGUGGAAUUCAUGGACUUGUACUUGGAGAUUGAGAAAAAUAGCCAAAAGUCAUUGUUCCCAGUGCCUGUGAACAUUCUGAACUACAAAAGUCUAGAUAAUGCAGGGGAGGAGACAAAUAGAGGUGGCGAUGGUGGAAAGAUGUUGGUUCGAAGAUUUUUUAUGGUUGACAAUGUAGGAAACAUACCUGCAAAUGGUGGAGGCUCUGCUCAGAUGGUGCGCUAUGCAAAGUCCAUUAAGAUCAACGUGAAUCUUGUAUCGGGGACCACUGAGGGCUUCAUUUACCCGCCAGCCCUGGACAUUGAAUACGGCAAAGUGUCCAAAACUGACGCAGAUGGAGGCUCGACUGUUGAUAUAUCAUUUGAAGUCACUUAUACCUAUGAUCCAAAUGACUACAAACGAGAUUUCCGUAUUUCCAUUGGUGUUUUGAGCACCUUGGGUGUUCUCUACGCCGGAUACAAAACCUGGUGUUGGUCCAAGAGGUCUGGGCGACCAAGCAUCGACUUCCAAACAAUCGUCCACUUCUUUUUCUUCUGUUCAGGAACCCUUGCCAAUGUCUUUUUUGUUGUUACAUUUGGAAUGGCGUUCUACUGGCUCAUUUUCUAUAAGAGGCAAAGUGUCGUAUACCUGGUUCACCCAACCACUUCCCAACUCAAAGACUGGCUUGGAGUGUUUGUGUCGGCCUUUGCCCUCAAGUUCCUUGAAGUAGCUCACAUGAUUUUCAUGCAGUGCAUGAUCGAUGUAUUUUUCAUCGACUGGGAGCGACCAAAAGGGGUUACUGGGUCUGCAACUGAAUCUGGCAAAAGCAAAGAAGUUCCCGUCUCAAUCUGGAGGACGUACUUUGUUGCUAAUGAGUGGAAUGAGAUACAGGCCAUACGUAAGAUCAACAAGACGUUCCAGGUGUGGGCUGUGGUCUUCUUCCUCGUUGUUGUAGGGUUUGAGAAUACGGCAACAAAGGAUCCGGAUGGCAGUGUGAACAAGAAAUCAGAGGACUACCGCUCUGAAUACAGCCACGUGUACCGCUAUGCCCUGGCUGUGCUUGUCUUCCUUGUUACUGCCAUUGUCCAAUGGAUCUUCUUUACGUUCGUCUAUGAGCGUUUCUUUGAGGACAAGGUGCGUCAGUUUGUGGAUCUGUGUUCCAUGAGCAACAUCAGCGUGUUCAUAAUGGCCCACGCUCAGUGGGGACAUUACAUACAUGGUCGAUCUGUGCACGGCAAAUCUGACACAAACAUGAAGGAGAUGUUUGAACUGAUUAAGAAAGAAGAGGAGGACAACUGCAGCAAGCGAGGCCUUCUACCCAAUGAUGAGCAGCAGACAUUCAUGAUGGCGAUACCUCGCAAACUGAGACAACGCUACGAAACCAUCAGAGCGCCCGCUCAACUUGAGAUUGCUCAGCGCAACGCUGCAGGCCGUGGUGUGGGUGGGUCAGUUCUCAAACAGGUGGAGGCAUACAACACCAUCAACAGGCUCCUGUGUGCUUUCAUUGAUAGGUCGAUGAAGGAAUGUGACUAUGUCGUGCGACCAAAGAACUUCCUGGAAAGUCUCAUGGACACAGAGUUUGAUGAUACGGCAGAGACAGGAAUCUUCUAUAAUGAUGAUGGCCAUUCCUUUGAUCGUGUCCUGUUUUAUGGCAAUGAGUUCACGCUGAUCAUCUUCGACAUGCUCACGUUCUGCGUUGCUGACCUGAUUUUCCAGAACUAUAUUGUUGCUGGUGUCAUCACCUACAUUCUGUGUGAGUUGUGUGCUUUCACUCGUGGCCGAUUAUAUCAACUUGAACCAGGUAUUAAAUGGCCUAAACACAGAAAGCUUGUCACAUGGUUUGGAGCCUAUACAUUGUCUCUUCGAUAUGAAAAGAAGCGGAGCCAAUUGUUUGCAUGGCCAGAAAUGCAGGAGGCCAGAAGAACUUGGCAAAGAAGACUCUCGUUGAUGAAAGAUUCCUUAUCUAGACUGAUUCCUUCCAUUCCUUCGUUAUCAACCAUUACUCCAACUUCAUCGUCCCAGCUUGGGUCAAGGUCAUUUCCUCACAGUGGUUGGGAUGGUGUAGCUACCAAUUCAUCUUCAUGGGAUGGGUUAACAACUUUUACAGUUGAAUCAAAAACUUUUACGGAUGAGACAGAAACAUCUUCAGUUGAGGCAUCUGAAUUGACUGGCGUUUCUGAAUCAACAUCCUCAAAGGCAAUUCAUUGGGAAUUGUCCAGUUUACCAGGAGCAUCAUCAUCACUGGCACUGUAUUCGGAGUCAUCAAGUUUGUCUGAAUCUACAUCAGUCUAGGAAAUUGUAUUGUAUUCUCAUUUGUUGAAUUUGCCUGAUUCUUUAUAUGGUUCUAGUAAGCAUACGAGUAGCAGAUAUUGACAUAUUAUAUUUUAGAAAGAAGGUAAUCUCUUUGAUAGAAAAAAUAUUUAUUUGAGCCUCGGUGUACCUGUAGAAAAAGAUCAUUUACUUGUUUUUUUAAGAGUAAUUUUGUUCAGAUUACAUGACUGUAAGGCAUUUCUUUUCCAUGUUAAAUGAUUUGAGUGAUUCAUUAUUUAUGAUAAAGGAUUCCCUAUAUUUUGGUAUAAAGUUUAGUAUUACAUGCAAUAAAUAAGUGUUUCAGCUUGACUGAAAUGCCAACCAAACUCUCCCUUUUGGGUGAGCAGUAUACAUUUGAAAAUUGCCGCUUAACAAAAGUAGAGAUAAAAACUAACACAGGGAAUAUUCUAACUCUGAAAUGUUGAUUCCUAAAUGAUCCAGUCCACCAAAACUUAUACAAAAAUUAAUAUAUUUAUAAUUUAAUGUUGCAGAAGACAUCUUACUGACUAAAAUCAUCAUUGAAAUUGUGUAAAUAAUAACCAAUAAUAGAAUUAUGUCUAUACACCGGAUAUAACCAAUUUUAUUUCUUACAAACAGAUAGGUAAACAGUGUAAUAAACAUCAAUCUCUUUCAUUAUUGCUGAAGAAUAUUUAAAAUGCAUUUUUGGUGGACAUUUUAUUAUAAAAGAUGCUCUAAAACUAUGUGGUUAUUUGAACUUUAAGAAUGUUGCUUGAUAUUUUAAAUAUAGUUGCCUGCAUCAUUAUUUUAGUUUCAUAUCAUUACUUGUGUAUUUAUUUGAAUGAAGUUAAAGUAUAUGGCCAUAGCUUUUUUGUGUGAUUUUGUGUUGUUGUUUUUAGCUCACCAGCACUAUGUGCUCAAUAGUGCUCAUGGUGAGCUUUAGUGAACGCCUUUUGAAGCGUCGUGGGGUGUCAACAUUUGCCUUCUUAACACUCUAGAGGCCACAUUUAUUGUUAUUGUCCGAUCUUCAUGAAACUUGGUUGAAGAUUUGUCCAAAUGAUAACGUGGACGAAUUCGAAAAUGGUUCUGGUUGCUUAAAGAACAUGGCCGCCAGGGCAUUUUUCCAUAUAUGGCUAUACUAAAACCUUGUUAACACUGUAGAGUCCACAUGAAACUUGGUCAGAAGAUUUGCCUGAAUGAUAUCUUGGACAAGUUAACAAAUGGUUGGUUGAAAAACCUGGCCACCAAGGUGGGUGAGGCUUUUUUCCUUAAAUGGCUUUAGCAAAAACCUAACUCCCUAAGUCACAUUUAUUUUCAAUCUUCAUGAAACUUGAUCAGAACAUUUUGUUCUAAUGAUAUCUUGUAUUAGUUCAAAGAAUGGAUCUGGUCUGUUGAAAAACAUGGCAGCCAGGGGCCUGGGCAUUUUUCCUUACAUGGCUAUAGUAAGAACUUGUUAAUACUCCAAGUCAUAUUUAUAGUCCAAUCAUCAUGAAACAUGGUCAGAACAUUUGUUUUAACAUCUUGGAUAAAUUCGAAAAUAGUUCAGGUCUGUUGAAAAAAAAUGGCCACCAGGGGGGGGGGGGAAGUUAUCAUUAUAUGGCUAUAGUAAAACCUUGUGAGCACUCUAAAAGUUACAUUUAUAGUUCACUCUUCAUUAAAAUUGGUCAGAACAUUUUUUAUCAUGAUCUCUUGGGCUGCUCUAAACAGGUCAGUUCCUUUGUAUCUAAGGUGAGCAACUAUGGGCCUUCCAGGCCCUCUUAUUUAUUAUUUGACAGCUAGAAUUUAUGACAUGCCGUCCGUGCUAGAAACAGGUUGUAAUCACACAUUGUUAGAAAUUCUCUAUUGGUGAAUCAAUGCGGCAGCAUGUGCAAAUAUUCACUGAUCAAAACUGUGUUACAGCUGUGAAAAGUACCGAGCAUUUUUUUGUUGUUUUAAACAUAUGGAGAUUUAAAUCUACAUUGUUUCUCUUACCAAUAAAAUGGAAAGAUGACA